ACUAUUUUAGAGCAGAAUCUCUCCAGAGUCCAGAAAUAGCUCCCGAGUUAACUCGCUCUCCGCACCGAAUCCAAUCCUUUUGAACUCAAAUCUCCUCUUUUGUACUUUCACUUCAAAACCAAAACGUCUACUUUUGAAGUUCGAGUCUAAAGUUCUUCUCUUCGUACUUCCCUGCUCUGGAUUCUAACUUGGAUCUUCAAUCCAUGGAUGAAAAUCCUUUCGUUGAAGAAGCUGAAACUGAAGCGACACAUAAUUCCAACGGAGAAGAGUUUGUUACAACUGGAGGAGCUCCCGAUGAGGAACCGUAUGUGGGAAUGGAAUUCGAAUCCGAAGAAGCAGCCAAAGUGUUCUACGAUACCUACGCCACACGUGCGGGAUUCAUAAUGCGUGUGGAUGCGUUUCGCCGCUCAAUGCGAGACGGUAAAGUCGUUUGGCGACGACUGGUCUGUAACAAGGAAGGUUUUCGAAAGAUGAGACCCCGUAGAAGUGAAAAUCGGAAGCCUAGAGCCAUUACGAGAGAAGGCUGCAAAGCAAUGAUCGUGGUAAAGAAAGAAAAAUCUGGGAAAUGGGUGGUUACGAGGUUUGUUAAGGAGCAUAAUCAUCAGCUUGUUCCUAUUCCCAUCAAUGACCGGAGAAGCAUGCUUUUGUCGCAAACGCCGGAUGAGAAAGAUGUAAAGAUUCGAGAACUAACAGCUGAGUUACAACGAGAGCGGAAGCACUCUGCAGCAAUUCAAGUGCAGCUUGGUAUGGUAUUAAGAGAAAUGGAGGAGCAUUCCAAUCACCUAUCGAGAAACAUCGAUGGUAUCGUUCGAAGUGUAAGGGAAAUUGAGUCAAAGCAAUUGACACUUUCGUAGAGGUAACUGCACAAUUUCUUUGACUUGCUGUCCGCGUACCAAAUGGUGGCUUAUGUCUAGGUUCUGUUUAUUUUCUUUUGUUAUUAUUACCUAUUUAAGUUAAUGUUUAGUUUAGAAAGUCUUAGUUUCCACUUUUACCGUUUUACUAGGUAUAUCUUCCUUCUAAUUUUUAUCUUGAAGUGAAUCGCCAUGUACAUUUCUACACGCUAUCAAAUAUACUAUGCUAGUUAACUUC